AUGUCUUCUUUUGCCUGCGCCCUUGCUUCUGUUCUUGCGGAAUCCGUUCCUGUUGUACCCUUUGCUCCAAGUACAACCUCGUCAUUGUUCUGUAACGAUCGGAUUCAAGCUGAACAACCACAGACCAUGAUCUCCAACGCUCAGCACCCGGCCAUCUUCGAUGAUGCGAGCCGAUCUCCAUCCAAGCCCUCGAUGCUGCGCUCCAUCUUGCCCUCGAGGCAACACAGAAAGUCCCCCUCGACCGGCGAUGCGUUGCCAACGGUCAUGCCAGGAACGAGCUUCCUCGGUAAUGCGGGCUUCCUUCCAGCAGACCACCCUCAUGCUCAGCCACUGGGGGAGAGGGCACACAAUCGAGAUGCCGCUGGCCCAAAGCCCACGAAGGAGGGGCUGCAUAAGAAGACGAAGAGUUCUGUAUCACUCAAGUCUCUAAUCAGAGACCGUGAGAAGAGAGAUAGCCAGCGGUCGUCAGGAGACUCCACGGAUAAGGGGUCGUUUGAGAAGAAAAUGAGGAAGAUGAAAUCCACGGCCAGUCUGUCGGCUCUCUUGAAGAGAUCACAUCGAGACCGCAAGGGCGGAUCUGUGAGCGAGCCCAAGGAAAAGGAAAACCGGCGCCCAACAUCAGAAGUCAUCUCGCCAAUCUGGGCUCAGUUCGCUACUCAGCCACAGGAAGACUCGGUGGGCAAUGUUUACGUCCCCCAAAAUGGGAGGUCACUAGAAGAGGAGGUCUCUUUAUACACGCCCAAACAGUACUCCCCUUCUAACCAACGGAAUUUUUACGACUACCAUCAACCCACCCUAGCACGAAAACCCAGGCCUAAAUCGGAUUAUGUAUCAUCCGGUACAACGAAAGUAAAGGAGAUGUUGGGCCAGAUCCAGCGAGUUCCCUCGGGCAAACAGCGUCAUCCAGAGACGCACGUCGAGAAUCCCAACUUGUCUGAUGUUAAUACCAGCAAGGAAUCCAAGAGGAACUCUAAUCACAACAGCGGUCGCGUAAUGGCUGUUGUCUCGGCACUCAAUGCGAAGGAAGUUGAUACACGUAAGGAUCCGGACAACAAGCAAAUCGAGAGCGAAUUCGAAAAGCUUUUGGACGCACGAAACAUUCCAAUGAAUAUGCGGGAUAAAAUGAGAUCCCUGGACACCAACAUCAAGGCCGACUUUAUCCAGAAGAAUCGAGCUGAGAGCUCGAACCCAAACUCGGCAACCUCGAGCACCUUCGACAGCGCCGGCCGUCGGGGCAGGAAAGAUUCUCGUUCUGCGCCUUCGCAAACACGUGACAAGAGCCUGCGCUCGCUGUCUCGGGCUCGGUCACCCUUCACGAACUCAAGGGGCGAUGCUUCGCCUUCUAAAAAGCAUCAAAAGUCAGAUAGUGCUAGCUCUUUCAGGCGUCCAAGAUCCAUCGAUCACGGGCGUCCAUAUUCAUCGAUGCUUCCUAGCGCAUCAAACUCUGCUACUUCAUUGCAUGCUAAAACCCACACGGACACGUCGGCGGACCCUGCAGACUUUAUUCACUAUUUGAGAGAGGUCCAGAAACCAGAACUGGUCGAAGUGGGCAAACUUCAUAAGCUUCGGAUCUUGCUGCGGAAUGAGACUGUAGCAUGGGUCGAUUCAUUUAUUGCGGGUAACGGUAUGGAUGAAAUCGUCAUGCUGCUAUACCGCAUUAUGAAAGUUGAGUGGAGAGAGGAACACGAGGAUAAUCUGCUCCACGAAACUUUGCUCUGCCUCAAGGCACUCUGCACAACAUCAGUUGCCUUGCAGAGGCUAAAAGUGCUAGGCAAGGAGUUGUUCCCCGCAUUGCUGGGAAUGAUAUUUGACGAGGAGAAAAAGGGACCGAGCGAAUUUACCACGAGAGGGGUAAUUAUCAGCAUUCUAUUUGCUCACCUUUCAACAUCCCCAGCCGAUGAAAGGACUGACCGCGCUGCCGAGAUUCUCAGCUACCUGCGCGACCCUACUCCCAAUAAACAGCAAGUUGACUUUAUUGCAAAUAUCUAUCAGCCUCGUCCAUACCGUGUGUGGUGUAAGGAAGUGACUAAUGUCACUCGAGAAGUGUUCUGGAUCUUUCUCCAUCAUUUGAAUGUGGUUCCCUUAAACCGUGGCGAGGAGACUACCGCCCAAUUGGAAGAGGAUUACUUCAAGAGGCAUUUCCCUGCACCUCGCCCUCCAGUACCAGCUGCUCCAUAUGUUGGUGGUGUUGAGUGGGAUGCCACAAACUACCUUGCAACGCACAUUGAUCUCAUGAACGGCCUCAUCGCGUGCCAGCCCACGAAAGAGCAGCGAAAUGCUCUCCGCGAAGAACUGCGCGCUUCGGGCUUUGAGAAGGCCAUGGGAGGAAGCAUGCGCACUUGUAAGGAGAAGUUUUAUGGAGCAGUUCAUGAUUGUUUGAAAACCUGGGUGUCUGCUGCUCGUGAAGAUGGAUGGGAUUACCGAUUCGUCCGCGAGGGACCAGAGCCCGGUUCUCCAACCAAAUCUUCUCUCAAGGCUUCGAGCAAGAAGCAAACUGAAGAGCCUCCGAGGUUGGCGCUUGACAUGGACUUGGAGAAAAAGUCCCCAAAUCGUGCUUCCGACAUUGGCGGAUGGAUCUGA